AUGACGAGAAGCGUCCAUUAUGCCUCCAGUCGGGAUGCUGGCUUUGAGAAUCUCCCGAUCUUUCCAACGGGCUACUUGGCCUUCAGGCUCCUCCAGGUUGCCCUCGCCGUAUCACUCCUCGUCCUCUGCGCGUGGUCCAUGAUCUUUACGGUUCAUUGGUCUCAGAUUUAUAUGCUCGUCUUUUGCUCAGCCGUCAUCGUCUUUAACUUCUGGCACCUCGUCUCUUACUACCACGCGCCGAAAGCCUACAAUUACUGGGUAGUGCUCGCAUUCGACAUAAUCUUCCUCCCUGACUUACUUCCCAUCUCCGUCCUGACCGCCAUUUUCGCCGUGGGAGGCGUGUAUGAGGCCGACAGAUACAAUUGGGGGCACGCCUCCGUGUUGAUGGUUUUGACCGUCAUAGGUUUCCUCAUCGUGGUCUCCUUCGUCAUGUCCCUAAUACUUCACGUUAUCGGUAUCAAACGCCACCGCAGGGACAGACUGCACAGCCGCCCAGUGAAGGAGAAUCAUCACGUCGACAGCGAGAGUCAGAACGCCCAGUCCACCACUAAUGCGCCCUACCGGCCCGUCAACCAGAGUCAGAACAGCCUGCCUUACACAAACCACCCACAGCAGCAGACGGCCAACCAACAACAGCAGACGGCCGAGCAACAGCAGCAUACGGCCGAGCAACAGCAGCCGACUGCUGAACAACAACAGCAGACGGCCAGGCCAUCGACGCCGGACACUCAUUAG